ACUCUGAGGAAGGGACGCUGAGGGCCGGAAGUUGAGGGCGGGACUCUGAGGGCGGGACUCCAGUCCGCUGCCACAGGUCUCCCUGGCGGGUCGUGUCCCGCCAUGAAGUUUCGCGCCAAGAUUGCGGACGCAGCCUGUCUCAACCACUUCACGCGCGUCAGCUGCAUGGUGGCCAAGCUCGCCCGCACCUGCACCCUGCGCAUCUGCCCGCAGGCGCUCAACUUCAUCCUGGCCGACCCCGCGGGCGGCGGCGUCAGCAUGUGGUGCGAGCUGCCCCAGGAGAACUUCUUCAGCGAGUUCCAGAUGGAAGGCGUCUCCGAGGACAACAACGCCAUCUACGUGGAGCUCGCGGCCGAGAACCUCUCCCGCGCCCUGAAAACCGCGCAGAACGCCCGGGCCUUGAAGGUCAAGCUGACCAACAAGCACUUCCCCUGCCUGACGGUGUCCAUAGAGCUGGUGUCUGUGUCCAGCAGCAGCCGCAUGGUGACCCACGACAUCCCCGUGAAGGUCAUUCCCAGGAAGCUGUGGAGGAACCUGCAGGAGCCCACAGUCCCAGACGCUGAUGUGAGCAUUUAUCUGCCGGUCUUGAAGACGAUGAAGAGCGUUGUGGAAAAAAUGAAAAAUAUCAGCAAUCAGCUUUCCUCGUCCUUGUCACAUGGCCACACCCUCCCUGCAGGACCACCCUCAAGACUUUGUGAAAUACUCCACUUGCAGAUUAUUGAAGCAAAUCUCAAUGGAGACUUGAACCUGAAAAUAGAGUCGGAACUAGUGUGCGUUACAACUCAUUUUAAAGAUCUUGGGAAUCCGCCAUCAGCCUCUGAAAACGAGUCUGAGGACCGCAGCCCAGAGCAGAUGGCGGAGGUGCAGGUGGACAUCAGGAAGUUCCUGCAGUUUCUGGCUGGACAACAAGUGAAUCCCACAAGGGGCAUCUGCAAUAUCGUGAGUCACAAGAUGGUGCACUUUGACCUGCUCCACGAGGACGUGUCCCUCCAGUACUUCAUCCCGGCCUUGUCCUAGCACUGCCAACUGCACGGAGCCCGGAGACCAUUGCCAUGACCCGGAGAGGCACGGGGUGAUGUGCUCAGUCAUUUGUCAAUAUGUCUUCACAGCAGCACAAAUUCUGUACAUUUCCCUUAUUUUUCCCUCUAUGAUAAUUUAACUAGAAAUUAAAUUAACGAAAUAGUUGAAUAAACAUGUUACUUCA